AGAAAAAAUGACAGACAAAUCGUACAUACUCCUAGCUCCCUCUGUCUCUCUCUCUCGUCGGACUUUUGGGAGUGUGGUCUAUCUCUCUCUCUUUCUUGUUCUGAUCUCCAUCUAAUCGGAGAUUUUAUUGAUUCCGUCAGAUUUUGAGGUGCGAAAUUUUCGAUCUUGUAGCAUCUGUUCCCUCCACAUCAUCAGAUUCGGAGUCAAAACCACUGUUCUUCAUCUUCUCGGGCGUUUAAUCAUCUAGGGAUCAAACCUUCACGCUCUUGUUAUACUUCUGUUUAGAAAAUGACAUGGGAAGAAGUUUUGAAGGUAAUUUUUCCUUUGCUGGAAGGUGUGGACCUUGCUUCCUGCAUGGCAGUGUGCAAGCAGUGGAGAGACAUCGCUCGAGAUGAUUACUUCUGGAAAUGCUUGUGUGCCAAGAAGUGGCCUUCAACUUGCAAAACGUCCCAUCCUCCGACAGAUACCUACUAUAAACUUUAUAGAAACUUUUACAAACGCCCCAAUAAUCGACGGCUUCUCCCUCCUCGACUUUCCUUUGAUGAUUUAGAGUUUUUUAUCGACAUUUGGAGUGAAGACAGAUUAAUCUUCUCAGAAGCUGUUUCAGGUCGAAUCCUCCAAAAUGGUAUGAAGAGCCCACCACCUGGUACUAGUAACGUGCUUAGUUAUCAUCUCGAAGUCCCUGAGUUCAAGAUGACACUUCCUGUUGAGCCAAGGUUCUCAAUUCCAAUAUCCAAUACCGUAAGCGCAUCUGUGCUUGUGGGACGCAAGGAUUCCAACAAAGUUGCAAGGAUAGUGAAUAAAUCAGUAUUUGAUUAUAUUGAUCGGACUUCGUAUAGGGCAUUGGCUUUUGACUACCUCGAUUUUUCACCUCUCCACCCAUUUGUCUCCGGAAUCCGAGCAUGGAUCUCGUUGCUUUUCAUGGACGAUGGGAAUGAUGGUGCAAUUGAUGUUUUUGGAAUAGUAAUGGAUUUCUGUGAUGCUGCAAACACAAAGGAUGAAGUAUUAUGGCUUUUAGACUUGCUUGAUUGGAAAUGAAGGUGUUGCCAACGUCAACUUUCAAAAACUUUAAUUUCUGGUUUAAUAUAUGGUACUGUAGAGACAACAAUUGUGUAAGCAUUAUGUUUUUCUUCUGCUAUGGCCGGCCACGAGGGAAAAUAUUACUGAGUCGUAAUGAGGGAAAAUAUUAUUGAUGAAAGUUUUGUGAAAUUAAUGAAACUUUUGGGACAAAAGAUUAGUGAUGGAACUUUUGCGGAAUGAAGAAAGCUAAGAUAAUGUGUAUGAAAUUGUUCACAAAUAUGGCAGAAAGAAAUAACAGUCUUAUGCUCAGA